AUUACAUCCAAUUUGCCAAGAUAAAUGACGGGCAGUCGGGUAUGGAUGUACGGAUUACUGUGUAAUGGACCGCGUCGCCGUCCGUCCUUAACCAACGUCGAUAAUGGCGCGUGAUCCCUGAAAUGCAGAAUCCAAGGACUGUCGAAGAACUCGAAAGCCUCUUGCGUGCAGCGGAACAACGCGCGAAGGAGGCGGAGCAGCAAACCCGCCAUACGACAUUGGACGAGUACAUCGAGGCUUGUCAUGAGCUUGUUUUUACAAAGUUUGUGGUUGAGACAGACAAGAGUCUCACAUCGAAGGGGUCCAUCACCAAUCCACAACAUAAGCUGUGUCCAGCACGUCUGUUGCCCUGGACGGACCUCUUGGAACAACAGAGGACUACAUUUGGGGUCCUCUGUUCCAAGUUCCCUGCCCAAAUCCAGGCUUUUGAGAGUCGGAAUUUUCUGCAGGGCCUGGGCGAGAGAAUCUCCAAGAAGAAAGUGACGAAUGAGAAGUCUCUAGAGUAUUUCCAGCACAUCAGCGUAGAGGAUCCAGUGAGGCCAAUUGUCGACCGCCUUGGGGCUGAGGACGGGGUGAGGAACGAGUUCGACAUCGGCAACGGCAUUGUCUUUGAAAACCAUCCAAAUGCCAUAAACGACAUCGGCGAGGAAGUCGUGGAGCGGCUUGCAGCUCUGCUGCUGCUGCCAAACACGCCAGCCCAGACCCAGCCAGACCUCAACCAGCUCCGACCAGAUCAGAUCUGUGUCUACAAAUACGACGACAGGCGAGGUCCUUGCGUUCAGCCUUAUGGCUCUUGGUUCGCUAGGAGAAAGGCAAGACCGUGGUCAGGAGGAGCGUCAGUCGGCAAUCGGUCCCCAGAACCAUCCGACGACGAGGAGUCGUCCUCAACGCAAAUGCUGCCAGGUGCCCCGACCCCGAGCCAGCCGAGGAACAGUGGCCAGGGUGGCAGACGCGGCCAGCGGGGCUUAGCCGCGCGGCCGCGCAGAGAUGGCAGCAGCCAGGGCUCGCGCUGCCGUAGCAGUCUCGGCAGCCAAUACUGCACGCAGAAAUGCCUUCUAGGACUGGUAGGAGGAGGUCUGCUUGAUGAGAAGUGCCCCAAUGUCGCUCUCCACCGAGGCGAGAGCGGUGGCGUCUGUCAUCCCGUCGACCAUGCCGAAUGGCUCCGACUUCUCCGCGAGCAGCUCAGGCGCACACUAGACAGCGGGGUGGUUUGCAUCGGGAAGCAAGGGGCCUGGGAAGUCGUAUUCCAGGUCACGCUGCUUGCACAUGGCUACACCUUUGUCAGCAAAGGCACAGUCCCUAUCUUUGUGGAAGACCUUGAGCACGAGGCUGCUGUUUAUCAUCGGCUCCAGCUUCUGCAAGGCGUCUGCGUCCCCGUCUUCCUCGGCGCGAAUGAUCUGCGUGAUAUUUCGCGGGUCUACUAUUACGACUUCCGGGUCCGGAUUGUGUAUAUGAUGUUUCUCUCGUGGGCCGGGGACAACCUGGACGAGGCCGGAGCCUUGGACGCCAUUGGGGGAAACCCGGAGCGGGAAGUCGUCAGGUCUGUGCGCAGGCUGCAUGCAAUGGAGGUGGUGCACACGGACGUCCGGAUGCCAAACACGUUGUGGAGCCGCGAGACUCGUCGGGUCAUGAUGAUCGACUUUGCGCGGGCUGUCUUGAUGGAUCUUCCCCGGCUCCCCUUGGCUGAGACGGUGUCUAAUAAGCGAGCUCGAGUAUUACAGGGGACAGAAUCUGGCAAAGCUGUAGGUCAGCCGGGCUCCAAAAGUGACUAUGACAGGCCUGUGUGGAACGACAUUAUGGCAGCCAAGUCGGUUUUCCAGUCCUGA